UAGUUUUAUUUCACAGUAUUACAAGCGCUUGUCUGAAUAAGGCUUAAAAUAUAGCCCAUCUGAAAUUAAAAACGUGUAAGGUGAUUUUCAGCGAACACUAUUUAUAAUUUCACAGUUACACUAGCAGAGCCACCAUUCUCUUUAAUUAGAGUCUAAUGAGCCACUGUGAUCUUUCAGCCACAAAACAAGAAUUGUCAGCUUCCUCUUAUCUUAACAGUGAAUGCAAAGCUGUGGCUCCAUCAUAACAUCUCAGGGGGCUGAGAGGCAAACUUGAAGAGCCUAACCACACAUUAUGAGCCACACCGAGGAGUAUGAUUUCGAUGCUGAUUAUUAUAAUUCCUCAUACCCAGAUGAAGAAACUGAUGCAGCACCAUGUCUUCAGGAUGAAGCCUUCCAGUUCAACCGUUCAUAUACCCCCAUCAUGUACACAAUUGUCUUCUUGGUUGGCCUGGUGGGAAACAUUCUCGUUUUCUUGGUGGUAUGCCGAUACAAGAGGCGUAGCUUCUCUCUGACUGACACCUUUCUACUGAACCUAACUGUGGCUGACCUCCUGCUGGUUCUUACCCUCCCAUUUAAUUCUGUGCAGUCCACCAUUGGAUGGGUUUUUGGAAACUCAUUUUGCAAAAUCACAGAAGGCAUCUUUGCAGUUAAUUUGUAUAGCUGUAACCUCUUCCUCGCCUGUAUCAGUUUUGACCGCUAUCUAGCUAUUGUCCAUGUUGUGCACCUGUCCUGGAGACGAUGCUCGCUACACACCUACCUAGCCUGUGCUGUGAUCUGGGUUAGUUGCAUCAUUUUUUCAAGCGUGAAUUUGUACUACGGUCAAGUUAUUGAAAUCGACGGGGUGCUGACUUGCACCAAUAACUAUAGUCACCUGAAUGCUGACCAGUGGCGAGUAGGCCUGCAAAUGCUUAAUGUUCUGUUAGGUUUUUCUUUGCCUUUACUGGUCAUGCUUUACUGCUACAUCAUGAUCUUCCGCUCUCUGUGCAACACCACUCGUCGACAAAAACAGAAAUCCCUCAAGGUCAUUGUUUCUAUAAUUGCAGCCUUCAUUAUUUGCUGGGCCCCCUACAACAUUUUCUCAUUUAUCGACAGCCUUGUACGGAUGGAGGCUAUCAAGCGUGAAUGCAAACUGGAAAAGAUUUUGGAUAUUGGCAUUAUGGUGACAAAGAGUUUAGGGCUCAUACAUUGUUGCCUUAACCCCCUGCUGUAUGCAUUUGUUGGAGUGAAGUUCAGAAAGGAACUGGUGAGGCUAUUUAAGAGCCUAUGCAAACUGGAAUUCCCAAGAAGGACACUUAGUAUGGAGAGAUUUCGAAACAGCAGAAGAAAAACUGGCUCCUCAUCCAUCAGCUCAGACAGUGAAAUGUCUCACACUGCCUAUUCUGUCAUGUUCUGACUUUGCCUGACAUCACCUAAUAAGAGAAAACAUUUGAAAAAUGUUAAUGGACACAAGCACAAGAAGAAGACAUGUGCUGCAAAACUGAGAAAAGACAAUGAUUUUGAAAGAAGUCGUUGAGACUGCGAACCAGUGUGAUGGCUGGUCCAUUGUCAUCUCCACCAGUGUAGCUCAACUCCCAAGACUUUACGCUUUCAGAUGUCCAGCUAAAAAGCUCCACUAGUGGUAUCAAAACUGAUUUUCCAAAAAAUGGUUACAAAGUGGGAAGAAGGGAGGCAUCUUCUGUGAAAUAUUAGCUAUGCACUUGCUGUUUUGUGAAGCGAGACUUAAGGUUUUUUAUCAAAGUCUUUUGACAAAUAUAUCUCAUAAGAACACCAUUUUGCUUAUGUAACAGAAUAUUCAAAUUUAUAUGUGUACUUUAGUCAUUACAUUACAAGUCUUCAUAUGCAGUGCACUAUGAGUAGUGGGGAGUGAAGUGAUUCAUGUUAAACUGAAUUUGCCAUGAAACACAGUGUUUGGCUUUGCAAAAAUUUGCAAAACAAAUAGCGUUUCGCUAUCAUGCCAUUGACACAAGAGAAAGGAAUUUGUUUCCUGUCUGUUAAUAUUUUCAUACAUUAAUUCCACGUGCCUCUGCCCAUCAUUUUGAAUUUAAAUAGAGAUCUUUAAAGAAAAAUUAAAAAUUACAAAUUUCCUUUCCAUUGUAGACACUGUGUUGCCAGCCAUGUGUUGUGGUAGUACACUACAUACUGCGCUGCCCAUUUUGCAAAUUAUGAUGAUAGCUAUCUCAAUGAUGGAUCAGAAAUUAAAAAGAAACUCAGAGCUCCACAGCACACAACAUGUGGAAAACCUCCACCAGGACAAGGCAGUUUCUAGGUAACAACAUGGGGAAGGGAUUUUUCCUGUGGAGAGCACCCAGCAAUGUGUACAAUGGUGCGUUUUAAUGUAUCUUCAUGAUGAAAAUAUGCAGCAUGUCACAUUUUUAAGAAAACACAGUAAAUUGUGAAUGAGAGGCAUAAAUAGUAUUGAUUUUACUGGUGUCCGGCAUAUUAUAUGUGUUAAUGCAGUUGGAGUAAAAACCCAGGUAAAACAGACAUGUAAACUAGGUUUUAGGGAGCAAUAUUCCUUAUUUUCUAACUCCAAAAGUCUUUAAACACCCAAUAAGCGCCUUUCAGCAAGAUUUCAGUGUGUUUCACAAGUGCCAACUUGCCUACGAAAUAAAUUUUAUUGUCAGUUUUGUGAAACUGCAUACAAAUCGAAACCUACUUGUUUAGCUUGUUUACUAACUAUGACCACUAUAAUGAAUGCUUCAAGCUACAAAUAAUUAACAUGAAAAGACAUUUUUAAAAAUAAUUAUGAAAACAAAGCUUACGUUUAGCAACAUUUACUCUGUAAUGUCAGAAUUAUUCUGUCUUGAUAUUGGACAGCACGUUAGACGCUUCUGUGACAGCUUGCUCUCUGCAAGAAGCUCAGAAGACAAAUUAGAUAAACCAUCCUCAAGGGUUUUCAAGUUUAGAAUUAAAUUGUAUUCUGGAUGUGACUCUAAAUUAGAGGUUAAUGAAGAAAAACACAAAUGUUAUCAAAUUCUACAAUUUAUGGAAAUGUGGCCAUCAGAGGAUAUUAAGUUUAAUUGAUCCAGCAUUUUCAUAGAUUUGUACAUUAUUACUUGUAAAUAACCUGUACAGGAACAGUUCAGAGAUGGAGAAGGAAUGGAUAUACGUUGAUGUUUCUUAAAUGCUUUUUAACAAGAAACCUUAAUGAUAUGUAAGCGAAGAACUAAGAAAACCAGAUACAGAAACUGAAGAACUUGUGGGAUGUGGAGUUUUGAAACUUUUUGCCACUUCCUGCCUUGUUCCCUACUCUUGCAAAAUAACAUUAAAUUUAAAAAAUGCCAAAAAGUAGACAUGACCAUAGUCUAACAGCGAAUGACUAGUUUGUAAUUAAGAAUGAGUGUUCCAAGAUGCUGGUUCCAUUCAUGACCCAGCCACUGCUUCAGCGUAGUAGGCACAUUAUCCUACAUCCGUGUUGGGCUUUCUGAGGAUAUUUUAAUGUUAGCCUUCCACCCAACAGCAUGCACAUUAUUUUAUCUGGGGACUCUAAAACAGAGUGGAUUCAUGCGUGUGACCUUCUGAGAAGACUCUUACGUGCAAUCCAAUACUCCACCCACUAUAAAUUUUCAUUAAGUGAAUACAAUAAAUGGAUCAAUGAAAUUUUAUUCCCCAGCAUCUGACAGGGAAAAAUUCUUGAUCCCAAAUUCCUCUUGAUCACCAGUUAAUUUUAUCAUUAGAAUACAAAGGCCCUUAAGACUCCAAGUAACCAAAGAAAUGUAUUUAACAAAGAGCAUAUCAUGUGAGCUGUUAUUCUUUCAUUGUAAUCACAGAUAUACUAAGAAGUCUUUGUUAAGACAAAGCUAUAAUAGAUCUAAAUUUACAAGAGCAUAUUUUGCAUCUUUAGCUGAUAACAUGCAAAUUAUAGGCAAGUAUACUGUAUUUACAUAAAAAGGUAUGGCAGGGUGGUCCAUACAUGAAGAAUGGAAUAUAUUAAUGGUGAAGAAACUAAAUGUCAGAGCCUACAUCCUAGAGAAAUGUCUACAUACUUUUAACCAGAGAGCCAAAAGUCAGCAUAAAAUGCAUUUGUUGUCAUGAUAAUCUUAUGACAUUCUUUCAAGGAUAAGUUGAACAUGGCUGCACCUCUCACAGUAAUGCUUGCUUAUUUAACACAGUUAGAAAAACCUUGUGAGCCUAAGAAUCUAAUAUGUUAAAAAGUUAGCAAAAGACAUUCUCCAAUAAAUCUUAAGAUCUGUCAUUUUUUUGUAACUCCUUUGUGUGUCUCGUGUGAACUAGCAGUGGGUCUAUAAACAUCAGGUGAAAGCCCAGAUGGGAUGCCACUCUUUGGUAGGACAUUUUCAAGUCUUUAACUUGCAUUAGAAUUUUGGAAUCUACAUAUACUUUUGUUUGUAAUUAUUUGGAGAGCUUGGAUCCCUUCUGUGAGUUCACUGUUCCUUGAAAUUUAAAGCUCAUUUCUUGAACACUACUUUCAGAGCUGAGGUCCUGUUAGACAACUGGGGCUAAAAUGAAAGCUGGUUAAAGGCCUCUUGGUUUUGUCCAACGACAGCACUUUUGAUUUUCUUGUUCUUGUGCAGUCUGCAAGAUAUUUGACAGAAGCCAUAAUGUUACAUUAGGUCAGCAGACCUUUGUGCGAUCUCUCGAUAGAAAGUAGAAAUCCUACACAAGAAACACAUACGCAUUUAGUGUCCUAUGUUCUGUUCAUGCUGGUUCUUCAAAAUUCAGAAUCUGUCAUGAAAUCUUAUAACAAUUCAGCACCAUUCAUUCACAGGAAAAACCUUUAAUAGUUACAAAUUAGCAUUAAUUAUACACAACUUUUUGGCACCUAUUGCAACCUUAUAAUAAUAAAAUAAAUACAUUAAAAGAUUUUGAUCUAUUUUAAUGGUGUUAAAAUGUGUGGUACAAGCUCAGAAUCAUGUGCAACUCCAUUACAUGAAAUGCAGGACUAUUAGAUGAGAGUUAUGCUAAUGUCUUUAUGGUGAAUUUCAUGUAAUUUUAUGUAAAAUUAGAACAAUAAACUUUUUUAAAGCAUUUUUUGUAAUUGUAAAAGCAUGAAUAAAUCAAACUGUUAGUUUUCA